AUGAAGGAACUCGUUUCUUCCUUUCUAAAUAAUCUUAGCCAGGUAAGCUCCGAGCUAAGUUGUUGUAAGAACAAGAAAUUUCAUGUAGAUAAUGUAAGUUUUUGUGGCAUAGAAGAUGUACUACAUAAUAGAGAUAGAAGUUCUACAAUUGACAAAGAAAAAAUAAAUACUUUAAUGGAACUGUAUAAAAAUGAGAAUAUGUAUGAGAGUUAUGAGGAAUAUGAUAUAGAUAAAUAUGAGAGAACAAAAAAUAAUAAUAUAUUAAAAAAUAUAGGGGCUAAUAAAUUAAAUGUAUGUAAUGCAUGUACACUUUGUAAUAAUAAUAAAAAAAAUAAUCAAAAUUAUAAGAAUAAAAAUAUGUCAGAAAAUAUAAAUAAUGUUAUUGAUUUAGAUGAUGAAAUAUUGAUUGCUAACUUCCCAUUUAAUUCUUUAAGAGAUGUUGAAAAUUUAACAUAUACUAAUUCUGAAAAUACUUUAAAUAAUAAAGAAUAUAGUUAUAUAAAAAGUUCAAUAGAUGUAGAUUUAGAUCAACAAAUUAAAAAUCAAAAAAAAAAUAACGGUUCUAAAAAUUCUAGCCAUUUAUAUAAUGAAAUUGUAAAAGACGGUGAAUAUGAUAAUGAUGAUAGUCAAAACCUUGAUGAAGAACCUUGUCAAUUUAAAUUUUCUAUAUUAAAUAACAUUAAAAAUAAUAUACACAAUGAUAAUGAAGACUCAACAAAUAAUGAUGUUAUAAUAAAAAAUACAUUAAAUCAAAAUUAUGAAAAAAAUAUAGAACAAACAGAACAACAUAAUAUUAUAGUAGAUAAUAUGAUGAAUGCAGUGCAUUCUCAUAAUGAUAUGGAUGAAAAUAUAAAAACAAAAAAGAAAAAGAAAAAUCCAGCAUAUUCAAAUUUUUAUGCUAAAUCAGAAUUACCAUCAUCAAAUAUAGAUGAAGGAUCGUGUAGAGGUUGUAAAGCUUCAGACACCUCAUCGGAAUUUUUUUCUGUAGCUAGUGGCAUGAAGCCAAAUAAUUAA